GUGGGGACACUGAAUCGAAACCCAGCCUCCUGCAGGCGCUGCCACAGCCACCGCAAGGGCCUCGGCCAUCCAGGGAUCUCCCAGGUGACCUUCGCCCCACCCCAGGAAGCCAUGACAGAGGCCAGGAAGCUGCCCCCACCACUGCCCCCUCGACUGGACUGGUUUGUGCACACCCAGGUGGGCCAGCUGGCCCAAGACGUGAUCCCUGAGUGGUUCCAUGGUGCAAUCUCAAGAGAGGAGGCUGAGAACCUGCUGGAGUCACAGCCACCAGGAUCCUUUCUCCUCAGGGUCAGCCACAGCCACGUGGGCUACACACUCUCCUACAAAGGCCAAAGCAGCUGCUGCCAUUUCAUGGUGAAGCUCUUGGAUGAUGGGAGUUUCAUGAUCCCCGGGGAGAAGGUGGCCCACACCUCGCUAGACGCCCUGGUCACCUUCCACCAGCAGAAGCCAAUUGAGGCGCUCGGGGAGCUGCUGACACAGCCCUGCAGGCAGAAGGAUCCCGCAAAUGUGGACUACGAGGAUCUCUUCCUCUACUCCAACGCAGUGGCCGAGGAAGCAGCCUGCCGGGUGUCUGCGCCUGAGGAGCCCUCCUCAAAGCCAGUCCUGCUUCACCAAUCAAAGGAAAGGAAGCUGUCAGCAGAGACGAGCAGAAUAGCCACCGAGGAAGCCACUUCCUCCUGCCCCCCAAAAGCCCCUCUUGGAGAGGCCCGUCAGAAACUCUGGAGGAACCUCAAAAUGCUCCCCGAGAGAGGCCAGAGGGUCCGGCAGCAGCUGAAAACCCACCUCGCCACUGUGAACUUGUCAUCACUCUUAGAUGUCCGGAGAUCCACGAUGACCUCAGGGCCUGGGACCAGAAAAGGCAGCCAAGAACCGUCAGGGGACACCACCGUAGGGGACAGAGUCUACACAGACCCCUUUGUGGCCACGUCCCUUGAAAACCCCUCAGAGCCUCAGGCGCCAAAAGACAGAAAGAUUCCCACCAGGAAGGCCGAGAGGUCGGCCAGCUGCAAUGAGGUGAAUUCAGGGCGCAGGAGUUGGCACCAAAUGAUAGUGAGGGCUCUAUCCUUCCAGGAGUCCAAGCCCGAGUGCCAGGGCUUGGCAGAGCCUGAGAAUGACCAGCUCCCAGAGGAGUACCAACAGCCGCCGCCCUUUGCCCCUGGGUACUGCUAGAGAAGGGGUCCCCCCCCCGGCUCUGGGACUCUUGGUGCCAGGGGCUUGCCACACUCCUGGAUGUACCUAACAUUUCUACCAUGUCCCCAGACCAUGGCAUUCGGGAGUCUUCAGGAACCCGGGAAAUGGAAUAAAGACGCUUUGGGAGUCUG